AUGAAGCUCACCAGCUCCGCUCAUUACUCUCUCUUUUUCAUACUGUCCGCUCUCAGAUUAUCUGGCGCAUCAGAUUCCUCCUUGAAAGAUGACGCUUCAUGCAUUGCCCGCUCACCGACCAGCGGAUUGUACUUCGAUCUCAAUGCGAUCUCAUUAUCCCCGCCCGACAUGAAUGACGGCAAAGCCAUGAAGGAUGCGCGGAAUCAAAGCUGGUUUGCUAGAGGCCAUGACUACCCAGCCAACUUCACAAUCAAUAUAUGUGCACCGGUCAUUGAAAACGUGACAGACGUGGUCGGCGUGGAGGCAUCGCGGUGGAAGAACGUCAGUGCAUAUUACGAACAAAACAAUAAGAUAUACUCCAUAGGACAACAAGCGUCCGACCCUUUCUUCCGCGGCCGUAAACUCAUCCUCAAUUACACCAAUGGCUCUCCCUGCGAGGACGAUCUCAAUAUGGCCAGUUCCAAUGUCUCCACGCGCAACAAGUCCACCAUAAUGUCUUUCCUUUGCGACCGCGAUGCCGCGCCAAACCUAGCCACCCCCUCAUUCGUUGGCUCCAUGGAUUCAUGCACAUACUUCUUCGAGAUCCGCAGCUCAGCUGCAUGUGGUGGAAUUGCCGUGGAUCCUAACGCCGGAGGUCUGGGACCGGGUGGCGUAUUCGGUGUGAUCAUGCUGGUCGCUGUCGCAGUAUAUCUGAUUGGUGGCUGUGCCUACCAGCGAACAGUCAUGCAUCAGCGUGGCUGGCGCCAGUGCCCGAACUUCAGCCUGUGGGCUGGCGUUUUCGACUUUGUCAAAGACAUGGCCGUGAUCAUCUUUUCGUCGCUAGGGAACCUUCUCCAUUUCAGAGGAUCCCCCUCCAGCAACGGCUACAUUCGUGCGGACUCCGACGGCAGGGGUGGUUUCAUCGGCGCCAUCGGGGGUCGAGGAGGACGUGGGCAGGGACGGGACGUGGAUGCUGAGAAUCGGCUGAUAGAUCAACUUGAUGAGGAGUGGGAGGAUUAG